AUGGCGUGCGUGCGCUUGUUAGAUGGCACGGAUGUGAUGACGGCGGUGGAGUACUCCUUGUGGCGGGGCGAGCUGUGUGGGCAAGAAAGCUGUUUGUUCGAUGCAUUGCGACGCCACCUGGCCAAGAGAUUGCUUGUGCCGAAUUUCCGGCGGCUUGUGCUGGCAAGUGGCAUAGGAAUGUUGGGGCCAGAGAGUCCCUGGGAUAAUGCUGAGUGCCUGACGGUCGUUGCACGGCAAUAUGUCGAAGCAGCCACAGGUGAAGCAGAGGGUCUAGCAACUUGUGUUGACCUGCUGCAAGCGACAGUAAGAGGCAAUGCACAGCAUGUGCUAGAGCUGCUGGAGAAGCCUCAUGAUCCUAAUGCAGCUGAGAGAAACAGCCAUGUGACACCUUUGUUUAAUGCUUCUGCGAACGGUCAUUUGGAAGUAGUGCAGUGCUUGCUCGAUGUGGGUGCUGACAAAGAGAAGGCAGACAACCAGGGCGCCACACCUUUGCAUAUUGCUGCGUUGACGGGCCAUCAGGCAGUUGCUCAGUGCUUGCUGGAUUCCGGCGCAGAUAAGCACAAAGCAGACAAUGAGGGCGCCACACCAUUGCAUGUUGCUGCAUUGUAUGGUCAUCGAGCAGUUGCGCAGUGCUUGCUAGACGCCGGUUCUGAGAAAGAGAAAGCAGACAAUGUGGGCAGAUCACCGCUGCAUCUUGCUGCUGGGCGGGGCCAGCAGGCAGUUGUGCAGAGCUUGCUGGAUGCCGGUGCUGACAAAGAGAAGGCAGACAAUGUGGGCAGAUCACCCUUGCAUUUUGCUGCACGGCAGGGCCGUCAGGCACUUGUGCAGUGCUUGCUGGAUGCCGGUGCUGACAAACAGAAGGCAGCCAACGAUGGCGCCACACCAUUGCAUUAUGCUUCUGCCAACGGCCAUCAGGCAAUUGUGCAGUGCCUUCUGCAUGCCGGUGCUGACAAAGAGAAGGCAGACAAUGUGGGGAGGUCAUCACUACAUCUUGCUGCUGGGCAGGACCAUCAAGCAGUUGUGCAGUGCUUGCUUGAGGCCGGUGCUGACAAAGAGAAGGCAGACUAUGUGGGCAGAUCACCAUUGCAUAUUGCUGCCUUGAAGGGCCAUCAGGCAGUUGUGCGCUUCUUGCUAGAUGCCGGUGCUGACACAGAGAAGGCAGACAAUGAGGGCGCCACAUUAUUGCAUCAUGCUUCUGCAAAUGGCCAUUUGCAAGUUGUGCAGUGCUUGCUGGAGGUCGGUGCUGACAAGGAGAAGGCAGACAACCAGGGCGCCACACCAUUGAAUCUUGCUGCAUUGCGGGGCCACGCGGCAGUUGUGCAGGGCUUGCUAGAUGCAGGUGCUGACAAGGAGAAGGCGGACAACCAGGGCGCUACACCAUUGCAUCAUGCUUCUGCCAACGGCCAUCAGGCAGUUGUGCAGUGCUUGCUGGCUGCCGGUGCUGACAAAGAGAAGGCAGACCAUGUGGGCAGAUCGCCGUUGCAUAUUGCUACAUUGACAGGCCAUCAGGCAGUGGUGCAGUGCUUGCUGGAUGCCGGUGCUGAUAAAGAGAAGGCGGCCAACGAUGGCGCCACACCAUUGCAUAAUGCUUCUGCCAACAUGGCCAUCAGGCAGUUGUGCAGGGCUUGCUGGGAUGCCGGUGCUGAUAAAGAGAAGGCGGCCGACGAUGGCGCCACACCAUUAUGCUUCUGCCAACUGCCAUCAGGCAGUUGUGCAGUGCAUGCUGGAUGCCGGUGCUGA